AUGAGUAAACAGUGUCGUAUUUGUACUGAAAACGUGGGUAGAAAAAAACCCGGGAUACAGUGUAGUGGUUUUUGCGAAAGGUUUUUUCAUGGAGACUGUCUCGGCUUCGGCAGUAAACAGCUGGACAGCCUACGUGUAGACGGAAUAACUUGGAAAUGCAACGAUUGUCGCAGUACUGAAUCACACUCCCGAUAUUCGCUUACUGCUGCCGCGACCAUGGAUACUGCAUCUCCACUUACCACGAAACAGCAGAAGCAAGACGUUCGCUCUCGUUCUGAUGAUUCUCUCACUGGAGAUAACGUUAGUAACAGGGAUCUCUUAGCAGCAAUGGAUAAUAUGACUAAGGAGCUCCGCGCAUUCCGCGAACAGCAAGUUGUCUUAUCUAACUCUGUCUCCUUUUGCUCAGACAAGGUGUCUGACUCUGAAGAAAAACUAAAUAAAAUAAACGAAUGGAUGCGAGCUACCGAUAAACUAUUGAAAGAAAACACGAAAUUAAAAACGGACAUCGCGAACUUGGAGUCCAAAGUGAAUGAUUUAGACCAGGCAGGUCGUCUGAACAACAUUGAAAUUCAGGGAAUCCCUGAAAAAGCAAAUGAAAACUUGAACACCAUUGUACAAAAAAUAUGUAAUUACAUCGAGUUCGAAACUACACCAGAUAAAAUCGAAUAUAUACACCGUGUUCAACUGAAUAAAAAUUCCACCAACAAAAUUAAAAAUAUAAUUCUCCGGUUCGGUUCACGCAACGAGAAGGAAAAAUGUCUCGCUGCCGCGAAACAAAAACGAAUGAAGAGAGAUAAUGGCUCUUCAAAAAUGGAAAUUGAAGGAGUAUCAGACAACUUUUUCAUCAACGAGCACCUCACUCUACACAACAAAAUUCUGUACAAAGAAGCCAGACUAGCGGCAAAACAAAAUAAAUAUAAAUAUUCGUGGACCAAAAACGGAAUGGUUUUUAUCCGCAGAGAUGACACCUCCCGUAUUAUUCACAUAUAUCAACCAAAUUCAUGGUACUUUGACUCAAUGCUGUUUUUGCUGGAACAUUGUUCCAUCAGAAAAUCAUUUGACACCCUUAAUCAAAGUGAAGCAGAUUAUAGUUCGUCUACAAUAGAUGAUGCAACUCAAAUAGAUGAUACAAGUCAAAUAGAUGAUGCAACUCAAAUAGAUGAUGAAUCUCAAAUAGAUUAUGGAAAUGGUGAUCCUGAAGCUGAUGAGAAUUCAGAGAUCAUUACAUUGGAGUAUAACCAGGUUUUAUUUGCUGAGGAGAGUAGUGAAAUAUUAUAUCCUUCAUCAGAUAUCCAGGGUCUCGUCUUCUGUCGACAAUCCAAUGCACACCAUGGAACCUGUCGAGGGUGCAGUAAACUUGCAAGGAGUGGCGCCACCAUCACACAGAAGAACUCACAAACGGCACACAAGAAGAAGUCUAUCCUGAACGUGAACAAUCAACAAAUGACAGCAACUGAAAAGCCUGAAUCAAACCAGCUUCGCGGAAUCACUCCUAAACAAGUCCCAAACGGACUGAAUCUUGCGUUGGAUGUUAUGGAUAAGAAUGAGAAUUCUGUCGCACCAGGAGAUAGAAUAGAAGAAUAG